CCUUCUUCUUCAGAAAACAAACCAAACGAAAUGAAAAAGGUCAUGUGAAGUUUAGUAGUGAUAGGAUGUCUUCAAAGUGGCCACUGCAGUUUCCUGUGAUUUCACUUCCUACUAAUAGGGCUAAAGUUGUGACAACUGUAUCAUUAGGGCUUGCUAUAUUGGGAUUGAUUACAGCAUAUUUCCGUCUAAGGAAGAAAUACAAUCAGAAUGUAAAACGGCAGGUUCCUGAUGGAAGUGAACAUAAUAGUAGAUUACAUAGCUAUCUUAAUGGAGAUGUGACAAUGGGUAGAGGACAUCAUGCUGAGAGUCCAUCUGGUAGUUCUACACUAUCUAGAUUUAACAAGGCACAGUUUGGUUCCAUGUCCAGUUUGGCUGCAUCAUCUAUAUCCACAGUGACACAUGCUGCAAUAGAUACCGGCUCAAUGUCCCCAAUACAGCUGUGUCAUCUAGGAUUUGAAACCUUACAGACAGCAGUAAGUUAUUGGGAGGAUGCAAAUGUGAAAUUAUUAUCAACUGAGGACAAAUCAAAACCAGUCAUACAUGAUGCAGAAACUUUAGCAUUACAUCAACAGUUAGAAAGAUUACUGGACUCUUCUUACAGAAUGAUGGACAGUUAUGAACGUCAGUGUGAAAGACAGGCAGAUCAAGUAGCAUUUGAUUCUGCUAUUACGGCAUUUACCACAGAGAUGGACAGAGCAUCAGAGAGAAGAAGUUUAGACAAUGGUUCCCAAAGUGACCAAGAUUCAUUUGUAUCAGCUACAGAUAUGGCCAAUUUAGCUGAUUUAGACAAUCAUAGAGAAAUGUUCCAACACCUACCAUUGUAUGAAGCAGGUCUUUUAGAAUUAAAACAUGGAACCAUAACAUGUAGAACCCUCAGGACAGAAAUGACACAUUGUUUGUCAGACACAGAAUUUCUUGCCAAACUGCAUUGUCUGAGAUUGGCACUUGAGAUUAUAUUUAGUAACAAUUCCAACAAAGACUAUUUUAGAAGAAUGGGUAGACAGAUAAUUGGCGAUAUUCUUCUUAAAUCUGAAAGGGAUCCUGAUGAAUUUUUUGUUGCCUAUGAUGAAAUGAUGGAUUAUGUAUUCAAGUCUACUAACUGGCCACAAAUGGAAGAAGAAUUGAAAGGCAGAGGGGUAAAAAGUUUCACAUUUUAUGAUGUUGUAUUAGAUUUUAUUUUGAUGGAUGCUUUUGAUGAUCUUUCCAAUCCACCUUCAUCUGUCAUAACAGUAGUACAAAAUAGAUGGCUCUCAAAUGGAUUUAAAGAAACAGCUUUAUCAACAGCAGUAUGGUCAGUAUUAAAAGCCAAAAGAAGAAUGCUCAAAGUGCCAGAUGGCUUCAUUAGAAGAUUUUACAGUAUAUCAGAGCAUACAAGUCCAGUAUUAGCUUGGGGUUUUCUGGGACCAGAUUCUACAUUAAAGGAAAUAUGUUUCUAUUUUAAAGAUUUAGUGUUAGGGUUCAUCUCUGAUAUAUUUAGUUUUGAAAAAAGCCGGUAUACAACACUUGAUGACUUAGCAGAGGACAUUGUCAGACUUGGCAAACAGAGAUGUGAGGAUGCAGCUAUUAAACUGGCAACUUAAUCAUUGAUUAAAUAUUUAGAUAUUCACACUUUAUUCAGUCUAACUGACUUAAAAAUGUAUUUAUAUUUAUAUAUAUAUUGAUCCAUUAAAUGGGACUUGUAAUAAAAAAAACACUGGAAUUUGGGUUAAAAACCCUCUUGUCUGUCAGUUAUCUAUAUACACUGUAAUGAUGUUUUGUAAUGGCACGCUACUAUAUAUAUCUAAAUCAACUGGCUGUGCACCAAAUACAAUGGUAGUUUAUAAUGAUUACAUUGAAACAUCAUGUUGACUCCAUUAUGACAUUUAUGACCUGCCACUUCAAAUUUUAACUCUGAAAAAUCCUAUAUAUUAGGUGUGUAUAUUUUACUUUGUAUUCACCAUGUGAAAUUAGGCUUUAAAAGUCAAGCAGCAGAAGUAAAUUUUCAGUGCUCCAGUAAGAAAACUAUAAGACCAAAAUCUAAGUGUUAACUUUUGUUGUCUGGUGAAAGUCUUGUUGAAAUACUUGUGAAUUUAGACAUUAUAGAAUGAAUAAACCCAGUACAUUUUUAAGUAUUUUAUACUGUUAAAUAUAAACUUUUCCGAUUUUUUUAUUUACACAUUUAAUGUGUUUUAGAUUGUUGAUCAAUAUUUUUACACCCUCUUGGAAUGAUUUCACCUUGUCAGUCUGUUUGUCCAACAAAUAUUUUUUUCACACAUUUCUCAGGUACAACUGAACAGAAUGACUUCAUAAUUGGUCAACAGCUUGACAGAGAUUAGUUGUAAGAUGUGAGCACUUUUCAGAUAUGCCAGACACCUACUCCCUCCUUUCCUGUUAGCUGAUAAUUUAGUAUUUUUCAGUGUUUUUGUCCAAUAAAUAUUUUUGUCACACUUUUCUCACUUACUGGUAAACAGAAUGACUUGGAAUUUGGUUUGACAUCAGCUUGACUGUGAUGGGUUGUAAUGUGUGAGCACUAUUUAGAUCAGUAGGACACCUACUUCCUAUCUAAAUUUUUCAAUAUUUUGAAAUAAACUUAACAUUUUCGUCACACAUUCCUUCUCUACUACUCAACAAAAUGACUUCAUGUUUGGUCAGCAGCUUGGCUGUUAUGAGUUGUAAAGUUAGAAUGCUUUUCAAAUCUAUCUGACACCAACUUUCUGUUAUUCAGUACUAUAUAUUUGUAGUGGUGUAUGCUUAGCACAACAACAUGUGCAACUUGUUAUAGCAAGUAUUAGUGGUUCUCAUUUUCUUGACUCAGGUAUUAUAACAUAUACAUGUAUGUAUAAAAUAGUUAUUUAUUACAGAAGUGAAACUUGAGUUGUGAAUGUUAACUUUGAGUUUUGUUUUGAUUAAUGUCUGCAAACUUUAUCUUUGAUAUACCAUUGAAAAUUAUGCUCACAGUUCCACCAGUUGCUUUAAAUACAUUCCUGCGGCAAAAAACUUUUUAUGUGAUUACAUUUCAUAUACAAUGAAGUAAACUAUGUUCUUAAAGUGAUUUGUCAGGUCAGAAAUUUAAAUUUUUGGUUAGAUAAUUAAAUUUUGCAACUAGGCAAUUUAUUAAUUGUAAACUUGCUUUUAACCAUGAAAAUGUACUUAAAAGGUAAAAAAUUGCCAAUUUUGUACUAAUUGAAGACUAAGAAUAUUAUAAACUUUUUGAUCAGGUUUAUACCAACAUUUUCAAUCGGUCAACUGUAGUUUUGAUUACUUAUUUGGCUAUUUUAUGAGAGAAAAAUAGUUUCUUGUAGCCUUUAGCGUAAUACCUCCUUAAAUGACAAUAAUGGCUAUGAAUAUUUGAUCCUAUGAAAAAUGUAGGAUAAAAUCACAUGUUUGACUGUACAGUACAUGUAACAGAUAAUCAUUAAUGGAUGUAUUGAUUUUAAAUAUGAUCAAUUAGAUGAUUUAGAAUUUGUUUUGACAAUUGAAAUGCAUGUUUAUUGAGAACAUAUUAAUAUUGUUGUUUGUUAAUAUAUAUGGAUUCCUUUUAUUGUUGGAUACCAUUUUUGUCAGCCAUGUAUAUGAAUGCAAAAAAAUUAAAUAUAGAUAUUUGUAUGGAGUUCUUUAAAUGUACUGAAAUUGAUAUCCACCCUGUAAAGUGAAUCCAUAGAUUUAGACAUUUAUGCCAUAUAAUGUUAUUGUUUUUAUACAAUUAGAUAUUAUUUCAUACUAUCUUUCAUGUGUUAAUUCAGUCAUAUAAGAUUUUUAAUAAAAAAAAGUACCACAAAAAACCCAACACUGUUUUCUUCA